CCUGCUGUAAGCAAUGCCCAAGGAACAAGGGAAAGAUCUCAAGCCGGAAGGACGCCCGGAGCUGGGUGAAGUGGACGGGAUUCUCCUGCCAAAAACUACCUGCAGCGAAUGGAGCAAGAUCCAGAGCUUCCAAGCGAGGCCAGAUGAUUUGCUCAUUUGCACCUAUCCCAAAGCAGGUACUACAUGGAUACAAGAGAUAGUGGACAUGAUCCAACAGGAAGGUGACCUGGAGAAAUGUCAGCGGGCCCCCGUGCACCACCGACACCCGUUCAUCGAGUGGGCCCGGCCACCCCAGCCCUCAGGGGUGGAGCAGGCGGAUGCAAUGCCUUCUCCCCGGACUCUGAAAACCCAUCUCCCUGUGCAGCUCCUCCCACGAUCCUUUUGGGAACAGAAGUGCAAGUUCCUGUAUGUGGCAAGGAAUGCCAAGGACUGCAUGGUGUCCUACUUCCACUUCCAAAGGAUGAGCAAGGUGAUCCCUCACCCUGGAACCUGGCCGGAAUAUUUUGAGACUUUCAUGGCAGGCAAAGUGGGCUGGGGGCCGUGGUACGAUCACGUGAAAGGUUGGUGGAAGGCAAAGGACAGUCACCGCAUGCUCUUCCUCUUCUAUGAAGACAUCAAGGAGAACCCGAAGCGUGAAAUCCAGAAAGUGAUGCAAUUUGUUGGGAAGCAGCUAGAUGAGGCGACCAUAGACAAGAUUGUCCACCAUACCUCAUUUGACGUCAUGAAGGACAACCCAAUGGCCAACCGGGCCGGCGUACCCCUCUCGGUCAUGGACCAGUCUAUCUCCCCCUUCAUGCGGAAAGGGACAGUUGGUGACUGGAAGAACCACUUCACUGUGGCUCAGAACGAGCAAUUUGAUGAAGACUACCGGAGGAAGAUGGCUGACACCACUCUGACUUUCUCUGUGGAGUUCUGAGGGUCCAAAUGACCACUGCUGGAAAUCUUUACGAGGAUCUCCUUUGUAGACAGGGAUUCAUCUCAUCCAGCAUCCUCAGUUGCUUUGCCCAUUCCAGAUGUCGCCAUGAAUCUGUGCACCCCUAUCAUGACCA